ACGAUAAAUUAGAUAAAAAGAACGAAACAUUAGAUGAAAAACCUGAUAAGUUGGAUAACAAUAACAUUAAAAAGUUACUCCUCGGAUAUCUUAGGGAGUUUCCUCAAGGCAAGUUUAACGGCUCGUUGGAUGAUGAUAAUCUGUUGGAUCGAAUGAUAAAUUCAUCCACUAAAUUGUCAGAUGCUCAAAAAAUAGAGUAUCAAAAGAUUAGGAGGUCCAUUAGUAACAUGUACAAGGAUGAAGAACGUGAUCAUUAUUUCGUUGAUCCAGAGGAUAUUAAAGACAAAAAACAGGAUGUAUACAAAAUUACGUGGCUUUUUUGGGACAAGAUAACGAUCGAGAUCCUUAGAUCGGUUCGUGAACUUGUUAAGAAUGAUGAGGAAUUGCUGAGAAAAAUUGAUGAAAAGCUUGAUAAGAAACGUAAACCGCUCAAGGUUAACGAUGAUGAAUUCAAGAAAUUGAUCAAACAGUUUAAACGAGGAGUGAUUGGUACGAUGAAUAAUUCAGUAGGACCAUUGGGAGCAAUAGACUCUGUUAUAUCAUGCUAUAAAGAGGUGGUUGAAGUGAGUGAAGAGGAGUUAAGCAAGAUAAAAAAAAUGAUACUUGAGCAAUUUUCUAAACAACCUGAUCUUCGUGGUGUUGGGGCAUUUUUCAGAUUUUCUCCAGAAGGAGAUUUCAAGUAUAAAAUGUCACCAGAUCCUUUGAACAAGCAUCAAUUUGUAGGAGAACGAGUUAUUGAGAAAGAGAAACGAACAAUUGCAAAAUUAUCAAAAUCAAGUAUUAGAGAUAUUGACUUGGAAACAUCCGUAUUUUUAUCUGUUAUUGCAAGCAUUCAAGCAAAUUCUUAUUGUGAUAUUUUAUUAUAUGAUCGCCACGUUUCUG